AGCUGCGCGUGACGCGACCGGGGGUGGGGCCGAGGAGCGAUGGCGGCUUCCGCAGCGGCGUUCGGGAGAGCGUGGAGCCGGUCUGGGCUGCCGGGGAAGAUGCCCCUCGCGGGGAGCCUCCGUAGGCAGAUCCACAGAACGUCUGUCCCAUUCACGUGGCUCAGAGUUAAAUCUCCUUUUGCCCCUCACCCGCGUCCUCAAAACGGCUGCCACGUUCUCCUGUUGAGGCCGACAAACAGAUGUCAAAGCACAGCAGCUGCUGCUGGCACACAGGUUCUUCAGCCUGUAUCCUCCCCGCCACUAGAGGGCGCUCUCUCUGCAGGGGACCUUGCCCAGGCUGUCCAAGAGCAGAGUUUUGCAGAGCUGGGCCUGGGGUCCCACACCCCGGUGGGUCUGAUCCAGAGCUUCUUGGAGUCCCUCCACGUGGAUAUAGGGCUGCCGUGGUGGGGAGCCAUCAUGGCAGGGACGAUUGUGGCCCGUUGCUUGGUUUUCCCACUCAUCGUGAAGGGCCAGAGGGAGGCAGUGAAGCUCAACAACCACAUGCCGCAGAUUUCAGAGCUGACCACCCGCAUGAACGAAGCCAAGCGCUCGGGGAACAAAUUUGAGUUUGCCAAAGCUUAUACGGACCUGAACCUCUACCAGAAAACCCACGAUGUCAACCCGCUACGAGGAUUUCUUGUUCCCCUAGUCCAAGCACCCAUUUUCAUCUCGUUCUUCAUUGCCCUGCGCAAAAUGGCGGAGCUCCCUGUGCCCAGCCUUCAAACUGGGGGUCUGUGGUGGUUCUCAGAUCUCACAGCUGCCGAUCCCUACUAUGUCUUGCCCCUGACAGUGACCGUCACCAUGUGGGCCAUCUUGGAACUAGGAGCAGAAUCCGGAGUGUCGAACCCGAACCUCCACCUUAUGAAAACCGUUUUCCGGGUGAUGCCGCUCGCUAUCCUGCCUCUCACGAUCUCCUUCCCGACGGCUGUUUUCACCUACUGGCUGACAUCCAACCUCUUCUCGCUGGUGCAAGUGGCCUUUCUGCGGUUGCCGGCAGUUCGCGCCCGGCUUGGCAUCCCCGAGCGGGUGCAACACGACCCUAGCAUCCUGCCUGCUCAGGGAGGCUUCAUAAAGAACUUCAAGAAAGGCUGGAAAAAUGCACAGAUGGCUCAGCAGCUGGAAGAGAGGGAGCGGCGCAUCAAAAACCACCUGAAUUUGGCAGCUAAGGGGCCGCUGCGCCAGACCUUUUCCCACAACCCUUUGGAGCAGCACCAGCCGGGUCCUGCGAAGCCGCCGCCACGAAAGAGACCCUGGGAGGACACGUUAGGCUGAGCGGCAAGCGACACCAAACCAAAAGACUUUGCACAGGGAAAAGAGCCUCCUUCUCCUUCCCGCCUCCCCACCCCUGGCCCACGCCUCUGUUUUCUGAGAUUAGGUAAUAAAGGAUGUGGAACGUCCUCCUCACACGU